UGUGGACUAUAUCUCCAAGCUACGUAAUCGCUUGUUCCAUGGGACGCAAAUGUCCCAUUCGGACUGCGACGUCCUCAUGGUACGUCACCCUUACCGUCGUUAUAAUCACCUGCUGCUGUUUCUGUUGGGCUAGUGUUUCAAACGGCGAACCAAACUCAGGCGGUCCCCGAUUUAAUGGUCCAAUAUCAAAUGUAACAGUUCCUGUAGGAAGAGACGCAAUGCUCAAAUGCUCCGUGGAUAACCUUUCUAUUUACAAAGUGGCAUGGUUACGUGUCGACACACAAACGAUCCUAACAAUCCAUGUGCACGUUAUAACGAAAAAUAAUAGAAUAGGUGUAACGCAUAGUGAACAAAAGACGUGGUACUUGCAUAUCCGAAACGUAAAGGAGUCAGACAGGGGAUGGUACAUGUGUCAAAUAAACACAGAUCCUAUGAAGAGUCAAGUUGGGUUCUUGGAUGUCGUUGUUCCUCCUGACAUUCUCGAUUCUCCCACAAGCGCCGAUCUUACGGUACAUGAAGGUUCAAAUAUUACUUUCAAAUGUGCAGCAAGGGGAUCCCCGGAUCCUGCAAUAACAUGGAGGAGGGAAGGGGGUGAACCCAUAUCAUUGGGGAAUGGAAACGAAGUUCUCAAAAUUGAGGGUAGCGAGUUCGAAAUGGUCAAAGUGAAUCGACUUCAAAUGGGACCGUACUUAUGCAUUGCAUCUAAUGGGGUUCCCCCAUCUGUUAGCAAGAGGAUAAUGCUCGAUGUUCAUUUCCCUCCAAUGAUAUCAAUAGCAAAUCAACUAGUUGGUGCCUAUCAAGGACAAAAGGUAUCAAUCGAGUGUCGCUCUGAAGCAUUUCCAAAGUCCAUGAACUAUUGGACGAAAGAAGAUGAUAUAACAAUAGUAUCAGAUGGAAAAUACAAAGUUGAUUUAGAAGAACACAGCUUCAAAAAGCGUAUGAAGUUGCAUAUAUCUAACGUUUCGCCUUCAGACUUUGGAAUCUACAAAUGCGUAGCCAAAAAUUCUUUAGGAGAAGCAGACGGCAGUAUUAAAAUUUACCCCCUGCCAUUGCCGACCACUACAUCAGCAAGCACUACCCCAACAAGGCCCAUGGAAAACGUGAUUAUAAUAGAAAAACUUGCCUCCCCCGCGAUCACAAAGUACCAGCCGGAUAUUAACAAUAGUUUCGAGAACGUGGUAGAGGCGGAAAUUGGAGUAAUUAGUACGGCCAAUGAAGUUCAUUCCUAUAAAUCGUAUGACACUUGGGCUUUAUCGUCAUCGGUUGGUAAAAGUUUGCUAGAACUCUCGACGUUGGCUUGUUUAUUACUGAUAUAUGUUACAAACGGUUGAAUAACCUUUAGCUCAUUUCCCGAAGUUAUACUUCUUUUGGCGAGUUGAAUGUAACAUUUUAGUACGCAACGGAAGUUGCGCGCGCACUGGACAACUCUCAAUGACAGCUGUAAUCGAAAACGAUGCUUAAAUAAGUACAUAAUUAUUAUUACUAUUAUGUGUACACCGGCCAAAUAAAAACGUCAGUGGAAGUAUAACUUCUACCGCGUGUACAUAAGUGCACACACCCAUUUUUUUAUAUAUCAAAUGA